AUGACUGGAUCUCAGGAAAACUUGGUAAAUUUUGCUGUUGUUAAGGAAAGCAAUGUGACAUUUGGUUGUGGAACUCUGGGAAGAAUCAAAGGGAAAGGAACUAUUCUUGACAAGGAGUUGCCAAAGCUGGAAAACGUCUACCUUGUUAAAGGUUUGACUGCAAACUUGAUAAGCGUGAGUCAAUUAUGUGAUCAAGGAUUGAUUGUGUCCUUCAACAAAGUCAAGUGUUGGGCUUUUGAUGCUGAGAACCGGAUCAUCCUCUCGGGUAUACGCAGUGAGAACAAUUGCUAUAUGUGGGAGCAAUCACAAGUCUGUUUGAAAGAUGAGAAGAACAACCCAGUUUUUUGGAAUGAAAAAUUGGAACAAAUGAAUGCAAAAAGCUUGUCAAAGAUGGUGAGUCAGGAACUUGUCAAAUGUGUUCCAAAGAUGAAGCAUGGAGAGAAGAUUGUCUCUGAAGCCUGCAAUGAAGGAAAAGAUGAUAAUAGUGUGUCUCAACGCACUUUUGUAAAGAAUUUGGUGGAACAAUUUAUGAUGUGUUCCAACAAGUCGUCAAAAACCCAUAUGAGCGCCAUUGUGAAGCAAAUCUGUGUCUUUAUCUCCAUCGGUGAUGCAAGCUUCAUUGGAUUGGGAAACUUUUGGAUUCAACUGUUAUGGAGGAGACAAAUGGGUUCUAAAUAUGGUAUGACUUCUGAUCUUUUACUUGACAAAUGUGAUAAUCAAGAUGCCAUUGAUAUCUCUGGAACUUUUGUGCAUCACUCUAUAACUAAAACCAUUGAUAGCUAUCAUCUCCUCAUAACGAACUUAGUGGAAGCUAAACAAGUGGUGAUUGAACAUGUCUUGUCUGAGUGGCAAUUUGCUAUUAUUUUCACAAAACCCCUAGAUCUAAACACGUUUGUUCAUUUUCAAAAAUGUUUGGGCGUUUGUGAACUGAUCGCGGGAUCAGGUCUUCCCCUUUCCUAUCCCUGA